AUGUCGCGCCUUUUCCAACCGUUGACGGUAGGGUCCGCCAGGCUAGACCAUCGUAUAGCCAUGGCGCCAUUGACUCGCUACCGUAUGGACGACGAGCACAAAGCAUCAUCGCUCAACAAAGGUACUCUUAUAAUCAGCGAAGCCGUCAUUAUCUCGAAAAAUGCUAUCAGUAGUCGCAACGCACCAGGCAUCUGGUCGGAGGAUCAGGUUACCGCCUGGAAAGAUAUCACGAGCGCAGUACACGCCAAGGGAUGCACAAUAUAUUGUCAGCUUUGGCACCAAGGCCGGACCGCCAAUCCAGACGUUAUCAAGGAAAACGGCUUGAGGAUGAUUUCUUCAAGCGCCGUUCCAAUCAGUCCGGAACAUGAAACACCAGAGGAAAUGACAGAAGAGAUGAUCUGGGGAACAAUAGGGGAAUACUCGACAGCAGCAAAGAAUGCCAUUGCUGCCGGUUUCGAUGGCGUUGAGAUACACGGUGCGAACGGCUAUCUGCCAGAUCAGUUCCUGCAAUCGACAUGUAACCAGCGAACGGACGGGUGGGGAGGGAGUAUCGAAAAGCGAUCGCGAUUUCUUUUAGAGGUAACGAAGGCGGUGGCGGCUGCAGUUGGUGCUGAGAAAACCGCAGUGCGUCUGAGCCCAUACAGCGACUUCAAUGCUAUGUUGAUGGACGAGCCGGAGCCAACGUUCAGUCAUGUGCUGGAAGAGUUGAAACCUUUUGGCCUCGCAUACCUCCAUCUCAUUGAAGCUCGCAUUACGGGUAACGACGACUCUGAAUGCGGGGGACAAAAGACUGUAAGCUGGAUGAUUGAACAGUGGAACAACGCGACGCCUGUGGUGCUUGCAGGAGGAUUCCUUCCAGACUCAGCGAAGCACGCGGUAGACGAGACGUACAAAGGAUACGAUGUGAUUAUUGCGUUUGGACGAUACUUUGUGGCCAACCCGGACCUCGUGUUCCGGGUCAAGGAGAGCGUGCCACUGACAAAAUACGACCGCAGUGUCUUUUACACGCCAAAGACACCCGUCGGCUACGUCGACUACCCACACAGUCAGCAGUAUCUCCAGGCUACGGCCAAGGUGUAA